CCCGGCCGCCCGGCGCCCCACGAUUGGCCGCGGCGCUCGCCUAAAAGGCGCGUCCAAUGGCUGCGAGCGGCAGAGGCCGGUGCGCAGGAGGGCGGCCGGGGCUCAGCGGGCGGGUGGGUAGCGGGCGGCGGGCUCGGCGCCCUUGGGCCGUCGUCGACGUGGGGGUCCGGACCGCCGGACGGGCUAGAGGCCAGAGGGCAGGAGGACGAGACGGGCAGGGACCGUGGCCGGGACCUGGUGGGGGCGGCGGCAGUGACUGGCUCUUUGUCUCCGCUCGCUCCAAAAUGGCUGCGGCCGGAGCUGAGGGGAGAGCCGGGCGGGCGGGCGAGGGAGCCGGGGCCGCCGUGCUCCCGGGACCCCAACGCCCCUCAUGGAGUCGCCGCCGCCGCCGCCCGCGGGGACCCGGCGCCCCGGGAGGGUGCGGCCUGGGCCGGGGGCCGAGGCAGGGAGGCGGCCUGGGCGUCGGCGCCAUCGCUGCCCGGCGGGCGCGAGACCCGGAGCUCGGCGCACCGGGCGGGGCGAGCGCUGGCCUGCCCCUCGGCCGGGCGCCUUGGUCCGCCCGAGAUCCGGCGUCUCGCGCCGUGAGGGCCGCUGCUCGGGCGGCGGGGGCGGGGCGGGGGUCGGCGCCCGGGGCCGCGCCAGGGUGACUCAUCUUCUCCGGCGGCGCGGCCCCCGGACACGAAUGUCUGUAAAUUACUGGGUGAGACGGCGGCGCCGGCCGGGACCAGCAGCUCCCGUAGGGAGCGUCCAUCCUGGAGGUCUUCCUCGGGUCCUUAUUUCCCGUUCUGCCCUUUUGACGAACACGCCUCGUCACCAGAAGGCUCAGCUGGGUGGGCGGCCGGCGGGGGAGACAAGGAGUGGAGAGGCCCUGAACACAGCCGCCCGGGCCUCCCAGCCCUGUGACCUGCCUGAAAAGCUCCUGGUACGGGUCACCUUCAAAGCCAGCCUUGCCCUUGCCACCCAUCCCGCCUGCAACCCUCAGCUUCCUCCUGGCUCCUGGCUCUCUGCGGGCUCAGGAGUCUAA